UUACUGUAUAUUUGGAAAACAAUUAACAGUGAAAAUCACAAAAAGUUUCCGGUAAGUCAUGUGAUUGUAACCAUUUAUUUACCGACUCAAUUCCUUUCCUUUAUCUGUUUUUUCUUCUUCCGCUCUCUCUCAUUUCUGGUUCAUUUCUUGAGCUCUCUUCACUUUACCGUUUCUCUAUUAGAAGAAGAUGUCAACUGUGGAAAAAGUUGUCGGACAGCUCCUCUUAGCAUUCCUUCAGGGGAUCUUCGAUAGGUCGGUCACCUCUGAGUUCAAGGACUUCCUUCGCCAGUGGAAGAAGAUCAAAUUUGACGUGGAAGUGAAUUUUUUAGUAUCAAGAAUACUAAAUCCAAAGUCCGCCAUGAUGUUGGAUGAAGCUCAUGAUGAAGUGAAGCAGUUCGCCAGCGUUCCUAUUUCGGGCCAAUAUUGGAAGAUCGCCUUGGAUGAACUGGAGUCACUGAAGCAGACGUCAGACAUGAUGCAGUUCUUAUCUGAUGAAGCUGAAGUGAAGCAAUUCACCAGCGUCGCUGUGAAAGUGUGGCUUGACCAUCUCAAACAACUCCUUUAUGAUGCGGACGACAUAUUGGAUGAUUAUGCAACUGAACUUGUACGCCUGAAAUUCGAAUCUGCUCACCCAACCCAACAGGGUUUCAUGCACAUCCGGAUCUCGCCUCCUUCUCUUUCCCUCCAUCGAUGACCAUAGCAUCUGUCGAUUGUGAACAGCAGCCCACAGGCUAGGUUUUACACCCCUAGUUAUGGGAAGGAGGAAGAGAACCUUGGACAAGCUGGCCUUGGAUUUGAUCUGCCGGUGUGGACCAAGUUGAACUUGGUUUAGGCCGUGCAUGUGGACUGUCAAGCUAGGCAAGAUUGAUGUGGGGGCUGCUGGUUGAUCGGCUGCCUUGAGAAGGUUGAAUCUCUGAGAACAAUGAGAUGAAAGGCAAGUUGCAUCACGAAAUAAUACCACUACUAUAUUAAUGAAGUAUACACUAUAUAGAGACAAUUAUAUACUACAGCUGUUAUAUAUAUAUAA